GAUCACUUGCAUGCACAACGUAAAAAUUUGUGGUGGAAACAACUUCUUGUGGAGAGACGGUGCGUUUCACUGUAAUAAAGGAUGAAACUGGUUCCUCUGUUUCUCUAAUCCUCUGCUUGAAAACCUAAAAAAUGGCGGCUCGCUUUUUCACUUCCAAAUUCCCAAUCUAUUUCAACCCGGCAAAGCCCUUCCUUUCCCCUUCUAAACCGGCCAGUUUUUCCUUAUUUUACGACAGAUUCAUCUCUUUUCAAAAGAUCCCAACUAUAUCACCGCCUCCGCCCCAAUCAUCCUCUUCAAGCUCCAUCCAACUCCAACCCAUGGAAGAACUCCCUCCUAAACUCCACGAAAUUGUCAAACUUUUCCAAUCUGUUGAAGAACCCAAGGCCAAGUACGAGCAGCUCAUAUUUUAUGGCAAAAACUUGAAACCCCUUGAUACCCAAUUCAAAACUAAGGAGAACAAAGUUGAGGGUUGUGUUUCUCAGGUUUGGGUCAGGGCUUAUAUUGAUAAAGACAAGAAUGUUAUCUAUGAAGCUGAUUCUGAUUCUGUUUUAACCAAAGGACUUGCUGCUUUGCUUGUAAAUGGAUUGUCUGGAAGGCCUGUCCAGGAAAUUUUGAGGGUUUCUCCUGAUUUUGCUGUGCUUCUUGGGCUGCAAAGGAGCUUGACACCUUCCAGGACUAAUGGGUUUUUGAACAUGUUGAAGUUGAUGCAAAGGAAGGCUCUUGAGCUGCUUAUUGAAGUCGAGAGGGCUGGUGGGUCUUCAGGUAAUGAUCAGGUUGUGAAUCAAGUCUUGGCGGGUAGCAGUGAAAAACAUGUUGAGAACUCAAUUUUGGAUUCAAAAGUUAGUGAGAAUUCAGUUGGAUCGAUUCCUCAAAAAGGUAUUGAAGAGAGUUCAACUGGCUUGGGAAAUAGAGGAAUGAGGAUCAAGGAGAAGCUGGAGAGGGAGCUUAGUCAUGUUUCAUUGAAAGUGGAGGAUGUUUCUUAUAAGCAUGCUGGACAUGCUGGUGUGAGUGGUAGUGACCGGGAAACACAUUUUAAUCUGAGAAUUGUGUCAAAGGAAUUUGAAGGGAAGAGUUUAGUUAAAAGGCAUAGGUUAAUUUAUGGUUUAUUGGAUGAGGAGUUGCAGAGCGGAUUGCACGCCUUGUCUAUCGUGGCAAAGACACCAGCUGAAGUUAAAGCAAAAUGAAGAGAUGUCAUGACUAGUGAAAAAAAUAGGUUGUUCUUUGUUCGACAAGACAGUCCAGGAUUUGAUAUCUGGACAAUACCAUUCAACUGAUUGGUUUCUCUAGUCUAGUGAACUGUUUAUGUAAAACAAUCUAUUGAUAUCCCAAUUACCGUAAAGAUUAUGCCUGAGCCUUGUGUUAGACUGUUUUAGCCUAAUUAGUCCAGGCCUCUGUUUUGAAUUGAAAGCUAUUGUUACUUGAUUUACGAGCAUUCAGCAUGCAAGAAGAACAUUGAGAGACUGCAAUGUGUCUUGUAUGUGGCUGCCCUUACGGCAUGCUAUAAGGAUAAAGAUCAAGGUAGGUAGGUAGGAAAGGAAAUCUGCGUUGACAUAGAGCUGUCAUGUUAAUUGCUUUUAGCAUCUUUUAGGAAAUUACAAUCCAAACCAAUGGCAAAACCUUCUAAUAUAUUUCCUGAUUUUCUCGUCAUUGUUAAUCAUUCA